GUUUUUGCUUUAUCUCCUCCUUUUGGUUUUCCCUCAGUUCGGUACUCAAACUUUGAACAAUUUCCCUUUCCUCUCUCUCUCUCUCUCUCAAAAUUUUAUGUUCUGUUAGGUCCUCAGAAAACUAAAAUCAGCUUCUUCCUUUUUCCUUUAGUUUUCAACUUUAUCUUUGUUGGUUUUCUCCUAAUUGACAAUCUUUACUUCAAACUUUAUUAGGCUCAGGUUUAUUUGGCCCCAUUUGAGUAAAAUUCAAAUAAUGUAAUAUUUGGUUCCUAAAUGUGUAAUUUCUAUUCCUUUAACACGUUUUCUCAGCUAGCCCUUACUCUUUGUUUUGAUCUUUCUUUUGAGUUCUAUUUGUGAACAGAGAAGCUGGUUUUGUUAUCGAUCUACGGAACCCUCAAUGGAUUAUAUUUGACCAAGUUUUGUACAUUGAGGUGUAAAGUGGCCUGCGGUCUGAUGUGUGGGGUCUGAUGUGUGGGAAUCUUUGGUGUAAUAGUAUUUGGCUUGGUUGACCAUUCAAGCAACUACAUAUAAUUUCACGUGAGAUCUGUUCUGGCUCAAGGAGGAACCUUGUCCUUUUAACUUCAUCAGAUGUCUUCUGUCUGGAGCUGAGGAAAUGGGGUGUUGUGUCUCGACUAGUAGUCGGAGUACUUGCAGUACCAGAAGCCAUGGGGGGGCAGUUUCUCCUUCGUGUUUUGAAGUUGGAUUUUGUGGGCAGAAGAGGACUAAGAGAACAUUCUCAGAUCAUGUUAUCGCAUUGCAGCAUUUACCCUCAGUACCCAACAGGAUUUUCACAAAUGGAAAGAGCAGAACUUCUUGCAUAUUUACUCAGCAGGGUCGUAAGGGAAUAAACCAGGAUGCCAUGAUUGUAUGGGAAGAUUUUAUGUCAGAAGAUGUGACCUUUUGUGGUGUUUUUGAUGGCCAUGGUCCACAUGGCCAUCUCGUUGCUCGGAAAGUUAGAGAUGCCCUGCCCCUUAAGUUGCUGUCCUCCAUGCAUUCUUAUCAGUCAAGGCAAAAUGGGUCAGGGAGAACAUGUUUCAGGGGAAAUUCAAAGAAAUCGGAUGGUGGAGAUUCUGAGAAGGAUGGUUCUGCUGAGGAUAGAUUAAAUUCUAUAUGGAAGGAAGCAUUCAUGAAAUCAUACAAGGCCAUGGAUAAGGAGUUGAGGUCCCAUCCUAAUUUGGACUGCUUCUGUAGUGGUAGCACUGCUGUCACUAUUGUGAAACAGGGCUCCAAUCUUUUCAUGGGAUAUAUUGGGGAUUCUCGAGCGAUUAUGGGAUCCAAGGACAGCAAUGAUUCAAUGGUGGCAAUCCAAUUAACAGUUGAUCUGAAGCCCGAUUUACCAAGGGAAGCUGAAAGGAUUAAAAGGUGCAAAGGUAGGGUCUUUGCUUUGCAAGAUGAACCUGAAGUACCUAGAGUAUGGUUGCCAUUUGAUGAUGCCCCUGGGCUAGCAAUGGCUCGAGCUUUCGGGGAUUUUUGUUUGAAGGAAUAUGGUGUUAUCUCUAUACCUGAAUUUUCCCACCGGAUCCUUACAGAGAGAGAUCAAUUUAUUGUUCUUGCCUCUGAUGGGGUUUGGGAUGUAUUGAGCAAUGAAGAGGUGGUUGAGAUUGUAUCUUCAGCGCCUACCCGCUCAUCAGCUGCCGGGAUCUUGGUCGACUCAGCUGCACGGGAAUGGAAACUAAAAUACCCUACUUCAAAGAUGGAUGAUUGUGCAGUUGUUUGCUUAUUUUUGGAUGGGAAAAUGGACUCAGAAUCUGAUUAUGAGGAACAAGGCUUUUCUUCUGCAACCCUUCAGAGUAAUCAUUCUGGUAAUGCAGUUGAAUCUGAUGAUGGCCAGAAGUCGGAGCCAUCUUUGCAGAGGAAUUUUACUGUUAGAUCAUCAGAAGAAAGUGAUAGUUAUGGAAGGCUGCCGCCAGAGUUUGAAGGAAAUGCGGAUACUGUUGCUGCUGAAGAUCAAAAUUGGUUAGGUUUGGAAGGUGUCACACGAGUGAACUCGCUCGUUCAACUCCCAAGAUUUUCUGAGGAAAGGCCAAACCCAUAAAUUUUGUAUUCUCUAUUAACGAAACUAGGCUGGUUUUGUCGUAAUAUUUUGGCUUUUGAGCCUACACUCCAUCCAAGGAAAAGAAAGUCCUUGUGAAUUGGAGGCUAUGUGUUCAUGUUGUUCAAGUAAAUCAUUGACACCAGCAAUUUGCUCUGUUGUAUUGCACAGAAGAUUGUAGGAGAAAAAGGCUUUGUUGAAGUGAUUGCACUCGAUCACGAUACUUGUGUUAAUAUGAUUCCA